AUCUGCUGAAGCACAGAUGAGCAUAUAUGAGCUUAAUAUUGUGUUCCUUUUCUAGUGCUUCCUGUGAGUAUCCCUGCAGAUUAUACUAAUGAAAUAUUCAAAGAAAUUCUCUCUCUCUAACUGAUUCAUCCAACACGAAUGCCAUGGAUUCCUGGAUAUAGUCAAACCAGAUGCAAACUCAAAGAAGGAAGCCUGGAAGGAAGAUUGUUUAUAAAAUGGCUGAGCAUGUUCAAAUGAGGCAAGGACAUUCAACAGAGUGAAGAAAUGCUCAUGAAGAACUUUCAUGAAUGGUACAUAAAAUAUGAGACUCUAAGUAUCUAUUUUCUUUCCAUCCGAAGUCCUUGGAUAAAUUAAUAAAGCGUUUAACAGCCAUUAAUGAAGGAGGGGAUCUUUUAAGCAAAGAAAAGAUAAACUUCAAGUGGGCAAAACUGUGAAAGCAAUUCAGAAAAGUGAAGUCGCUGGAGUGAGCACACCAGAGAUUCACCUGGAUGAUCACAUAUCUUGCUACAGGUAUCACCAACCUAUCUUUAGCCACCUUCUAGAAAGACGGUUCAUUGAUACCAGCUGGAUCAGCACAGGAAUUUGUUUGAUGUGCUUAAGAGAUUGGUAACAAUAGCUCCUAACGUGACUGCGUUGCGAGGUGACAGUGUUUCCUUGGAGACAGUGAAUCCAUACAGCCCCAGCCAGGAUCCUUGCAGGUUACCUCUCUUCAGAGGAUGUAGAACUACCUCUCUAUGCAGGGGCAAAGGUGGGAAGAUAAGCUUUGACUGUAGACAAAUGGCCUUAUGCAAGAUGUGAGGAUUUGAUGCGACAGCAAGACAUGUCUGAAAGUUCCUCAGGUCUGACUACAAGCAAUCAAAAAUUCUGUAAAUCCUAUUCAUCCUGCUACUCCAUCCUAAGUGAUACACACACUAUUCCACUGGUUUUAUCACAGAACAGAGGAAUCAUCAGGCAGAACUGUGAUUCUGGGCUACCAUCCCCACUUCCUUCAGAUUCCUUCAAGUAUCUUGGCUGGUGUGACAUAGAAGAACAUGAUGUUCGAGGAAAUCAGCUUCAUUGUCCCCGAGUGAGAGAAGGGCCCUCAGAAGAAGAGCUGUUUUUCAGAGGAGAAGAACUGACUUUGAAAAAAAGAAAACAAGUAACUGACACAGAGAAGUGGCAAAAGAAACUGCAAGAGAACUGGGAAAACUGCGCUGAGUUGAACCUUUCAUUUCAGGACCUGGGUGAUCUUUACCAGGUGGAAAACUUUAAGAGGAUUCUCCAAAGACUAAUUCGGGUGGAAAAACUUUGGCUGGUGGACAAUUCUUUGACAGACCUAAGUGCCAUAAGGUUGCCAAGAUGCAGAGAACUAAAUGUCAAUAAAAACCACUUUACAUCCUUCAAACAGCUGCCAAAGAUACCUCAGAUUCAGCACUUAUCACUCGCUGAAAAUAACAUUGUGACACUAAGUGGAAUAUCAGAUUUCAGACAUACUCCACUUGAAUCCCUUAUACUCAAGAGGAAUCCCUGUGAGUUUCAAGAAAGAUACAGACAACUUGUAUUCUCCAGUUUGCCAAAUCUGAAAAUGCUGGAUGGUAUCCCAAAACUGCCAGAGGACUGUUCACCCCCAGAUGUCAGGGGCUUUUUCAAAAUGUGUACUAUACUCUAGCACUGUAUUUUUGUAGGACCACAAUUGUGCUAGGACCACCUCACUUAAAAGGUACAGUAAAUCCUGUGUAUGGAAGUUACUAUUUUUUGCUGGUCAAAGAGAUACUGAAGCAGAAAUAUAAUUUUUUUUAAUACAUUUGUGAUACCACAGACUUCAUGUAAGUAUGGAAAAAUGAUAUGUAAAUAAGACAUAAUGUGUAUACUGAGUGUCAUGAGUUUGGUGUAUUAAAAAUAUUAGGUGACUUUCUUGUCUAGGAACUCUAUGUAGACAACAACUCGCAAUUAUUGACUCCUACUGCAUUUACUUAAAACAGGUCAAAGUUCAGACCACAUGUUCAUUGUGGGAAAUGGUACAGGGAUUAACAUCCAGGCUGCGAAGAAAAGGA